UUCACGAAAUCCAAAAUGUCAAAUAAAAUCGCAAAUUUGAUGGAAGUUAUGAAUUUAUAAAUAAUGCAAUGAUUAUUAUAGAAACUUUAACACAAUGUGAAUGAAAUGCCCGCUAAUAUAAUGGAUGAUUUGAAAUCUUUUGCCUCUAUCAAGUUUGUUUCUCAAUUAACCCUAGCAAUUUAUUAGCAGAGGUUUUUGCGUUAAAAUUUAUACUUUAGAAUAAUUGUUUACUAAUAGAUUUAAGGAUGGAACGGAUCACAAUGAAGAGAUUCGAAAUUUUUAUUCGCCAUAAUUUCACCAACAUUUAUAACUUAAUUAAGAAUCGCCCAAUUGCAAUAUCACAGCCUCAAUACAUUUUUGUGCGUUGAUUAAAAUAGCUGAAAAUAUGGGAGGUUCAGUAAGCCAAGUAUUUCAUACUGGAAGCGCAUUAUUAACGAAUGGACAUGGUCAUAAAGUAUCUGAUUCGACCAAACAAAAGGUUCAGACGAUUUUCGACGCAUUACGAGCUAAUCCUAAAGUUGGUGUUCAGAGGCUUGAAGGUCUUCUCCAGCAAAUACCGAAAAACGAAAAUAUACUGACCAUCCAUGAUGAAACUGGAUAUAACCUACUUCAAAAAUGUGUAGGAGCUAAUAAUGUGGAUCUUGUUCGUUGGUUAUUAGCUCGACAUUCUGCAGGAGAGGUUAAUCGGUUUCCUUGUAGUCUUCCUUUACAUAUAGCAUGCCUUAAAGGUCAUGAUGCUUGCGUUGAAAUGCUUUUAAAACAUGGUGCCAAAAUAGAUGUGGAAGCAAGGAUGUGCUGGCCUGGACCACACAGUAAUAACUGUGAAGAGAGGGGAAAAUUUUCAUCAGCAUCAAUUCCCCAAGAGGAAACCUGCAUAGAGAGGGAUUCUCGAGAUAGAACCCCAGUAAGCAAAUUACAGUCGGCAAUAUAUUAUGCCUUGGAUGGUGAUCAUGUGAAUGUUCUUAAUAUGAUUGCCCAGAAAGCUGAGGAUUUAUGGGUGAGAAAUGGUUUGUUCAGAAGUAGAAAGCCCCUUUUACACGCAGCAUGCGAGAGGGCGGCCUGGCGAUGCACGCAAUUCAUCGUAACUGAAAGAAGCGAAGAAAUCCACAUUCUUAAAGAUGAAUAUUACCCUAUACAUUAUGCGGUUCUGCACGAUAACAAGUUCUUAGAAUUAUUGAUAAACGCUGGUGCUGAUACUACUGUAAGGACUACAACCCAACAAAUGACGCUGCUUCAUGUUGUCUUGUUGGUGGCGCAUAAAUCGGCCGAAGACACGCUAGCAACAAUACGGCUACUGUUGGAUCACGGUUGCAAAGAGCUCAUCAAUGCGCCUGAUAGCCUGGGAAACACGCCAUUACACGCCCUCAUAGUGCGUUACGCCUUGGAGGAUUCCCAGUACGGUUACGACAGAUGGAACAAAUGGGACGUGCUGCACCUUGUUCGAUACCUGAUGCAAGCUGGGGCGAAACAAUCGAUCAAUCAUACGGGCAAUUCUGCCAUUGCCUGCGUUCUCAGGCACGUACGUCACGAUUGGGACGUUUGCUACGAGCUGCUGACCAUGUUAUUGCACGAAGGAGGCGAUCCCAAUAUGGUAGGACGUGAUGGAUCCGAUCCUUUGAUGGUCUGUCUGAUACCGCUCAUAAAUAAGGAUCCUCUUCACCACUUCACCCACAACAUGAAGGUCUGCUACCUCAACUGCAUUAGGAUCCUUCUGAAAGGGGGUGCCAACCCUAACUGUAGCUAUAGGGGCAACCUAACACCGCUUCACGUUCUAGUUUUCACCGUAUCCGAAAACAUCACUUUGAAUUGCGAAGAACAGAAAGAACUCAACUUCGAAUUCAUCAAGAAUCUGUUGAUUCUGCUGCUGACUCACGGUCUAGAUCCGAACAUACGGGUGGACCGGAGGACCGAAAACAUCUUACAGUCUUGCAUGGAUAUGAUACAGAACGUGCGAGAGUGCAAAGAUAUCCUCUACAUGUAUGACUUGACGUUAACCCUUAUCCAAUAUGGCGCCAAUCCAGAUUUGAGUCUCAACAUUUCAGAAGCAAUAAAAAAUCAUCCUCUACAUUUACACUCUCAGUGGAAAACGAAAAAUUUCAUCUUGUAUUAUUAUGUGAUGCUGAUAUCAGGGAAAGAAAGUCUUAUAAUCGACCCUAGGAUGACAUUUUCGAAAAUAAUUUAUCUGUUUUAUCAAGUGAUGAGUCAUAAGCCUUUAUUCGAAUGUUUGAAGAUCCUGCAUACACAGCAAUUAAGUCUGGUGCCAGGAAAAAUGACUGAACCAUUGACAAAUAUCAUAACUCACUUAUAUAAUAAACCCAGAAGUUUGAAGCAGAUUUGUAGAGUACAAAUCUUGAUUUGCCUGAAUAGACGACCUGGAUUGUAUAUAAAUAAGCUGAAUUUGCCAAACCAACUUAAAGACUACAUUUUGAACUGUGAAUUAUAGGAGGAAUGAGGCAGUGAGAAGUUGCUGAUGCAUGGGAGAUGCUCACAAUUUGUGAUCUUUCUGCAAAUUAAAUUGUUCUUUUUUUAUUCACUUGGUGAAAAAUUUCGAAGCAAAUAUAUAAUGUUGAAUGUUUAA